UCCAGCUCACUUUAGGGAUUAUAAGAACCACCCCGGCGCGCCGGUAUAAAUACUCCAGCGCGCCACGCUCGACUCAGUCUUUACGCACUCUGGCACGGGACUGAUUCGCACCACAGCUCUGUCGGAGAAGCUCGUGUUUAAAGGGAGAUCAGCUAAAGAAUAAGAGGGUAAAAUCGUUUAAUUAAAAAAAAACAACUUCUGAGUGAGAAAGGUAGGAGUAGAGCAUGUCAGUGUUGACGUUUAUGAGGCCGCUCCACACGCGCUCGCCGGUGCCUCAGGGCCGCCGCCACACGCUGCCGGCCAGCGAGUUCCGCUCCCUCAGCCCGGAGGACGCCAUCAGCGUGUUCGAGAUUGAAAGAGAAGCCUUCAUCUCGGUGUCCGGCGAGUGUCCUCUCCACCUGGAUGAGGUGCGUCACUUCCUCACGCUGUGCCCCGAGCUGUCUCUUGGCUGGUUCGAGGAGGGACGGCUGGUGGCUUUUAUCAUUGGCUCCCUGUGGGACCAGGAGAGGCUUACCUUGGAUGCCUUGAAUCUCCACAAGCCUCACGGGACGACCGUCCACAUCCACGUCCUGGCCGUCCACCGGACCUUCCGUCAGCAGGGAAAAGGCUCCAUCCUGAUGUGGCGCUACCUGCAGUACCUCCGCUGCCUGCCCUACAUUCGCCGCGCUGUGCUCAUGUGUGAGGACUUUCUGAUUCCUUUCUACCAGAAAUCAGGUUUUAAGGUUCAGGGUCCUAGUCAGGUGACAGUGGGACCCCUUAAUUUCACUGAAAUGUUCUACCCAGUCAGGGGCCAUGCCUUCAUGCGGCGCAACAGUGGAUGUUGAAGACAAAAAGGAGUUUAUAUGAACUCUCAUUUGCCAUCUACAGUAUAAGGACCCUUACGCCCCUUUAAAAACAGUAAAGGGGAUUUGGGCUGUUUUCUUUUUUAAAUUUUUUGUGGACAGUUGACCAAAGUCACACAAUUUGUUUCAUCACUGUGGGUGAAACCAGGAGGGAUUGACCAACCAGAGAAGUGGAAAACAAGAACUACCAACGAGCGUUUGGACAAGAGGUCUGAGACUGAAACGACUUGAGUUUUAGAAAAUCACCCAGAAUAAAAAUCCCUGGAUCCCUGGACAUUAAUUAUAAGAUUUAAUAGAAUGAAGCUUCCCCCGUGCCUUUCACACUCCUUUCUGUUAACCAGUCUAACAUUUCUUCUGACAAAUUUAGCCAAUAAAACUAACAUCAACCUGUUAUUAACCACAACUAUUUGCCAAAGUAAAACAAAAAAAUACAAAAGAGGGAAAUCAGAUAUAAAUGACAUGUUGAGAGGAACAUGCUUGUCUGUUUUUCUUUCCACAUGGGUGAUCCUGUUAGUGGCUGUUACAGACAUGGUGGCGUGAGCAGGAUGCAGCAUGUCCAUGUCUUUAGUAGAAACCUGUAUUCUGAGAUAAUCCGGCAAAAAUCAGCAGAAUCUGUCGGCCUUUUCUCCUCUAGGCUGUCUGUACUUCUUCCUUUACUUCCUAAAGCCUUGAAUCAAGACAUAAGCUGUUCUUUAUGUUUGUUUUUAUAAAAGAUUUGCUCUAAAAAAAAAUAAAGCUUUUAUUUUUCAA